UAAGGAGCUUUAUUUAUAAUGCGGGACAUUAUCUCCUGCAGCCGGAAGCUUGGACAUGGAUCGAUCAAUCCAUUGAUAAGAGUCUAAAGAUCUUUGGCAAUGGUGUGAAUACCCGAUUUCGGGAGGAUCGAUGGAUGGGACAUUCUGCUCCAAAGCUCGGAUUUCCUUGUCUUUAUGUACUCACCUUCUAUCAUAGAAGCCGCCAUUGCUGAAUUGUGGUCUACCGAAGCUGCCUCUUGAAGUCUUACUGAGAAGAAAUCUGUUGGGUGAUGAAAUCGAGAAAUGCACCUCAGUGAAACGAGUGGGACUGCCCACCAGUGUUGGCCUUCUUAGAGUGGCAGGACAUGUAUUCAAACCAAAUAAGCAACCCAUAUCAAACGAACUUCAAUCUUCAACUCACAUUUCAAACACAUCCUCACUCAAGUACUACGCUUCAAGCAAAAAGCCUUUCAAAAUUAGACAUGGGAAUCAGACUACCUUCACUUCUCCUCAAUGCCAAGCAAAUUGUCAAAAUGCAAACUGUUUCUUCUAGAAAUCAAUGUGGCGUUCCCAAAGGCCAUAUUGCAGUCUAUGUGGGAGAUACCGAAAGGAAGCGGUUUGUGGUUCCAAUAUCAUACUUGAACCAUCCGUCUUUUUCAGCUUUGCUCAAGACUGCAGAAGAAGAAUUUGGAUUUAAACAUCCAACUGGGGGAUUGACAAUUCCUUGCAGAGAAGAUGUGUUCAUCAACCUCACAUCCAGGCUGCAAACUUCCUGAAAGAGGGAAGAAAAACAAAUUUCCUCACAAUUUUGCCAGAUUCUCUCCAUUUUUUCCCCAUAGUUAAGAGUAGAAAUCAAUGUAUAGUUAGUUUCAACGUGUUAAUGAUCGGGUAGCUGAAAGGUGAUAACACAUUGCCUAUCUACCUGAACAUCAUUUACACAACUUACAAUUACAGAUGUGUAAACAUGGAAAUACAAAUACAUAGUCACAUUUCUUA